AUGGCUUACAUAUUGCACAUGAUAGGGUGCGUGCUUUUUCCGGAUGCGAGCAAGACUCUCGUACAUGCACGAUGGCUGUCACUGCUGGAGGAUUUUGACGUAUGCGGCGCACUGUCGUGGGGCAGUGCGGUGUUGGCAUACCUGUAUCGAGAACUGAGUAGAGUAUCCCUGAUGCAGAAUAAAGAAUUCAAGGGAUGCUGCACAUUGAUACAGAUUUGGUCAUGGGAGCGCAUUCAUAUUGGACGCCCUACUUUACUCGUGCACCGUGACCUACAAGGGCGGUUUCCUUUGGCGUACAGGUAUAACGUGCGGUACGCUAAGUACCGAUCAGCGACGCGCCAUCGUGAGUUUUACCGAAAUGAGCUUGAUGGUCUCCAACACGAACAGUUCAAGUGGAGACCCUAUACACCGCCGGAGCUGGAUAUGCAUUCUCUUGCACCCAUCUGCCGAGAUAGUCCCGACUUGUGGAGAGCGAGAGUUCCAUUGAUUUGUUGGGAGAUCGUGGAGAUGCAUGUCCCUGACCGUGUGCUACGACAGUUUACGCUCUCUCAGCAUGUACCAGAUCCUGUUGAGCAGAUCUCUCGUCGGCGGCGACCUACUUCGCACCAUAACGACUGGGCCGUAGUCCGUGCGGCCUACAUAGACAGGUGGGCUCACAGGUGGGAUUUCAUCCAGGAUACGAGGCCCACGGCUGUUGACUAUACCGCGUAUAUGGGUUGGUAUUGGGGUAUCACACGUAGAUGGAUCACACGUGACCCACAGCCCUUAGCUGGACACAUGCCACGGCCACCGACAGACAGUUACAUCCCUAGUGGGAUGAACGAGAGAGAUUACGUCCGUGCUUUUGAUAGCAUUGAGGCUGAUAUUGAUGCGACCGUGCCUGAGAUUCAGGAUCAGGUGGCGUUAGGGCUCCUCGGCAGGAUCAAGAAGACCAUAGCACAGGUGUUUCAUAAGACUCACGUCGACGAGUUCGCAGGCCGUGAGGACAGGUCUCGAUCAUUUGGGCAAGCGUACACUCGGCGCCGACGGCCACGUGACGAUGACGGCGGCACUUCGCAUGCUGAUGGAGCCGGCACUUCGCAUGCUGAUGGAGCCGGAACUUCACAUGCUGAUGAAGCCGGCACUUCACAUGCUGAUGGAGCCGGCACUUCGCAGCCUCACACACAGCCGGAUACUCAGAUAGUCGAGGCUCAUCAGCGCGGGGGGCGGGGAAGAGCGAGGGGGAGGGGGAAGAGAGGGAGAGGAAGGAGAGGAGCUAUAUUGGGUUGUAUUUGAACUUAUUUUGUUAAAAUUUGUAAAUUGUAUGAAUUUUUAAAUACUAUACUUUUAUGGAUCAAUUAUAGCUCGAUAUAUGAUCUUUUUGCGUAUUGUUUGAUUCGUGCGUGUUU